CACCCAGUUGCCUCUCACCCCACCCCAGGGCACUGCUGGGCAGGCAUACGCGCCAUCGGGGCCCAGGAAUGCCGCCCCAACUCGCAGCCUUGGCAGGCUGGCCUCUUCUACCUCACCCGGCUCUUCUGCGGGGCGACCCUCAUCAGUGACCGCUGGCUGCUCACAGCUGCCCACUGCCGCAAGCCGUAUCUGUGGGUCCGCCUUGGAGAGCACCACCUCUGGAAAUGGGAGGGUCCAGAGCAGCUGUUCCGGGCCACAGACUUCUUCCCCCACCCUGGGUUCAACAGUGACCUCAGCGCCAAUGACCACAAUGAUGACAUCAUGCUAAUCCGUCUGCCCAGGCAGGCACAGCUGAGUUCCGCUGUGCAGCCCCUCAAUCUCAGCCAGACCUGCGUCUCCCCAGGCACGCAGUGCCUCAUCUCAGGCUGGGGUGCCGUGUCCAGCCCCAAGGCGCAGUACCCAGUGACGUUGCAGUGUGCCAACAUCAGCAUCCUGGAGAACAGACUCUGUCGCUGGGCAUAUCCGGGCCACAUCUCGGACAGCAUGCUCUGCGCAGGCCUGUGGGAGGGUGGCCGAGGCUCCUGCCAGGGUGACUCUGGGGGCCCCCUGGUCUGCGAUGGAACGCUGGCGGGCGUGGUGUCCGGGGGUUCGGAGCCCUGCUCCAGGCCCCGGCGCCCCGCGGUCUACACCAGCGUGUGCCACUACGGGGACUGGAUCCGAAAAACCAUGCAGGACAACUGAGCCUUCAAGCCUCCGACGACCAAGACAGGAGGGCGGGCGCGAGGGGGGGUGCUGCUGCAGGGCUUGACCUCCAGCUGCCCUCCGGACGUGCGAGGUCAACCGCGACGGAGCCACGCCCCCUCCGGCGGAACCCGGACGCGCCUUCGCCCCGCGUGGCCCCAUCUCUAUGACGUCACCAAGAAUUGGCACCGCCCUCCCGGAAGAGCGCGAGCUGUGGCUCCGCCCCUCGGAACUUCGCCCAGUGGGGCUUCCCCCCUGGACUCCACCCCUCGCGGCCCCGCCCCUCUGUCGGAGGCCCCGCCCCCUACGAUGUCAGGGGCGCCAUCGCUCCGCCCACGUGGGACCUGGCCGAGUCGGGUUCCGCCACUCGUGGCCCCGCCCUGGGCGUGACCUGAGUUUGAAUCCUGACGGGGACCCGACUGGGAGGAGUCGGGGGAGGGACUCGAUCCCGUGAGAGCCGAUGGAUGGUUUUACAAUAAACGCGGGGAGCUGCGCCUUGCUUCUGCCUGCGCUGCGGGACGAAAGGAGGGCAAUGGCUGGGCGGGGACCGGCAGACGAGGGACCCGCCACCGCGCUGCAAUUCCCCCUUGACCCUCCAGGAAGUCCUGCCUCAAGUCUCUCUCCACCAGCCCCAUUGCAGCAAGGCUCCCGGGUUCUUCUUGGGCUGGUCCCGCCGCCUCCAGGGGAAGGGGAAACCAGGUCACGGUGCCUCCCAAACCUGCCUUCCCAGAUCCCCGACCUUUCAGGGGGCAGCGGGCGGCGCCCGAUCCACCCUCAGGUGUUGGAACCAAAAAGAUCCGCCUUUCUUCCAUUCAGGUUGCUGGCAGCAGCCCCCUCCUCCCACAAAAAUCAGGCUCCAAGCCCCUGCUUCCAAA